UAAAGAAAGAAUACAUGUAACAUGUUAUAGGGGGAGGGAGGAGAGAGGGAAACAAAACAAAAGCUUCUAUCAGAGUCAUGAUUCAUAUUCCUCAAAACAGGAGUUGAGUUAACCUUCUUCAACCCUCACCCAAAGGAAGAAAAACCAAAAAAAGAAGCUAGCAGAAUUCUAAAGACCUCAGAAAACAGGAAGAAAUUUGAAGGCAUGAAUAGAGGUGUUUUGGAGAGCUACCCAGUGCAACAGAUAAUGGCUGGAAACCCUAACUUGUGGAGCAUUAAUAGCAUGCGUCAAACAACUCAAGAGCCCUCUCCUCCUCCCUUCCGUUCUUUUACUACUUCUUCCUCUUCUACUAGCUAUGUUCAAUGCCCUCAACCGGCUUAUUCUAUUCCUUCGGGGUCGUGGCAUGAAAACCAAGACCUUCCCGAGUCAUGGAGUCAACUGCUUAUGGGUGGAUUGGUGAGUGAAGAAGAUAGGUGUAAUUUUAGUAAUUUUCAAGCUAAAAAGAUGGAGAAUUGGGAAGAUCAGGUGCUGUUUCCUUCAGCAUCAAGUGUCCAUAUGGUUGGUGUGAAGCAAGAGACUACUGAAAGCGGUCAUGCCUUGGGGCAUGGCGCCCAUGAAGAAUCGCAGGCAGUUAGAACCCCAUGGGGUCAAGUCCUGCCAGCUUCUUCUCCUAGAUCUUGUGUUACAAGUUUCAGCAGCAAUAUGCUGGACUUCUCCAACAGUAAGGUAGAAGGGAAGCAUCAAGAAUCAGAUCACUCAUCUGAGUGCAACAGCACAGCAACAGGAGGACCGUUUAAGAAGGCUAAGAUUCAAUGCGCCUCAGCCCAAUCUACUUUCAAGGUGAGGAAGGAGAAGUUGGGAGAUAGAAUAACAGCGCUUCACCAGCUAGUUUCCCCAUUUGGGAAGACUGACACGGCCUCUGUCUUGUUAGAAGCUAUAGGAUACAUCAGAUUCCUUCAGAGUCAAAUUGAGGCUCUGAGCUCACCGUACUUGGGCGGUGCUUCAUCUGGCAUGAAACCCCCUGGGCAAGGAGAAAGGAGUUGUAUAUUCCCGGAGGACCCUGGUCAGCUGUUGAAUGAUAGUUGCAAUAAGAGGAGUGGAGCCUCCGAAAAGGGCCCUCAAGAUGGGCCAAAGAAUGAUCUGAGGAGUAGAGGACUCUGCCUUGUUCCUGUGUCCUGUACCCUUCAAGUCGGGAGUGAUAACGGAGCAGAUUACUGGGCCACAAACCUUGGCGCGGGCUUCCGAUAAGCGAAACUAGUCUAUGACACUUACCAGAGCUUCAUGCAAUGCUAUAAUAUCAUGAGCAGUCACUCUGCUAAGAUUCAAGGCUGAUUGCUCAUGAUGCUAUGCACUUUGGAUGGUAGAUGUGUCUGUACUAAAACUAGGUUCCAAAAUCUAUGUACUGGUACUUUGUGAUGGACUUGCUCUUGAUCAUCCCUCAUUUUGUGGUACAAAAGCUCUAGGGAAUUGACAUCUACACCCACCCUUUUAAGUAGAUCAUGCACCCCUUUUUUUUCUGCAUUUUGUCAUACAACAUUAGAAUUAUAAUGUUAGUUAUCAAAUGCAGAAAAGAAAUGGGCGUGUGUAGAAAAAUGGGUGGGUGCUCUUAAUAGCUAUGAAGCUUUAUUGUAUAUGCAAUGCUAGGUAGGAGUACGCUACUUUGUAGGGUUUGGAUGUUUUAUGCUUCUCCGUAGAUAUCAUCUAUGGAGGGGAUUCAACAUUCUAUAUUUCAAGGCAUUAACAAGGACACAGCUUCUUUGA